UGACAAUAGCGUAAAACACCAAUACCGGAUCGCGGAAUUGGUAUUGGCGAUAUAGGGGGACUCUUCCAAUAACUGGUUUCUUCCUGGAAGCAAUUGAAAUCUCCCAAAAUUUUCCUUGGACUUCACUCAAAGAUGCCGCUGCACCAGCUAGCGGACCCCUGGCAAAAAGUGCCAGUAAAACAAUUAGCAGAGGGGAAAAGUCAUGAAGAAAUGUUGGAUGACAGCAAUAGCCAUGGGCCUGAGGAUCAGGAGAUGAGGGAGAUAGAACUCACGAGCAUGGCCGCUGAAGGCUUGGAGAAAGCUGAUCCAAGCUGCUUUGAAUUACUCAAGGUAUUAGGUCAAGGAUCAUUCGGAAAGGUGUUCUUGGUGAGAAAAACAACAGGUCAAGAUAAAGGAACAAAAUAUGCCAUGAAGGUCUUGAAGAAGGCUACACUUAAAGUACGUGAUCGUGUGCGAACGAAGAUGGAGAGAAACAUCUUGGUUGAUGUCAACCAUCCCUUUAUAGUUCAGCUCCACUAUGCAUUCCAGACUGAGGGUAAAUUGUAUCUCAUUCUUGAUUUCUUGAAAGGAGGAGACUUAUUCACAAGGCUUUCAAAAGAAGUGAUGUUUACAGAGGAAGACGUGAAGUUCUAUUUGGCCGAGUUAGCAUUAGCUCUAGACCACCUACACUCGCUGGGUAUCAUCUACAGAGAUCUCAAACCAGAAAACAUUCUCCUUGAUGAUUCUGGUCACAUCAAGCUGACAGACUUCGGUCUCAGCAAGGAAUCGGUCGAUGGCAAGACCUACUCAUUCUGUGGUACCGUGGAAUACAUGGCACCAGAAGUAGUUAAUAGGAGGGGUCACACGACGGCAGCUGACUGGUGGUCUUUUGGUGUUCUAAUGUAUGAAAUGUUGACAGGAGCCCUGCCGUUUCAAGGACAACAUAGAAAAGAAACAAUGGCACUCAUUCUCAAAGCCAAGCUUGGGAUGCCUCAGUUCCUUAGCCCAGAAGCUCAGAGUCUUCUUCGGAUGUUGUUCAAGAGGAACCCUCAGAACAGACUUGGGGCUGGUCCUAACGGUGUCAAUGACAUCAAGAAACACGACUUCUUCUCAAACAUUGACUGGGAGAAACUGAAAAGGCGAGAUCAGAUGCCGCCGUUCAGACCUGUGAUACCUACCAGUGAUAUAGUACAUUAUUUUGAUACAGAGUUCACAUCACGUACACCUCGAGACUCACCCGCAGUACCUCCCAGUGCCGGAGCGCAUCAGUUGUUCCGAGGAUUCAGCUACAUUGAUCCAACUUUAUUAGAAGAGGCACAGAAGGAAGCCGCUUCUAAUAACUCCCAUGCACAGUCACCCAAAGAACAGAUCGCAAUCAAGCAUGCUCGUAUUUCCUCUAUCCUCGAUGAGUAUGACUUACAAGAGGAUAUUGGUCUAGGUUCCUACUCAGUGUGUAAGAGGUGUACGCACAAAGCCACUGGACAGGACUAUGCAGUAAAGAUCAUUGAAAAGAAUGCCAAGGACAUCAGGGAGGAGAUCGAAAUCUUACUUAGAUACGGUCACCAUAGCAACAUUAUUACAUUGAGAGAUGUAUUCGAUGAUGGUAAAAAUGUGUACAUGGUAAUGGAGUUAAUGCGAGGUGGAGAGCUCUUAGACAGGUUGCUCAAGCAGAAGUUUCUAUCAGAGCGGGAAGCAUGUGAGAUCAUGUUAACGGUCACAAAGACGGUUGAUUUCCUUCAUCAACAAAGGGUUGUACAUCGUGAUUUAAAGCCUAGUAAUAUCUUAUAUGCUGACGAGAACUACUCACCCAGCUCAUUGAGGAUAGCUGACUUUGGCUUUGCUAAACAAAUGAGAGCUGACAAUGGUAUGCUGAUGACACCGUGUUACACAGCCAACUUUGUAGCUCCGGAGGUGCUGAAGAAGCAAGGUUACGAUGCAGCGUGCGAUAUCUGGAGUUUAGGUGUAAUACUCUAUACUAUGUUAGCAGGGUUCACACCAUUUGUACAUAAGCCUGAUGACUCAAGUAAGGUAAUACUAGCCAGGAUACAGGAAGGUAAAUACCUCACUAUGGAUGGUGGAAACUGGGACAACAUCUCAGAUAGAGCUAAGGACCUGAUCUCAAGGAUGCUUCAUGUGGAUCCAUUCCAGAGACCUAGCACCAAACAAGUAUUACAACAUACAUGGUUUCAGAGGAUUGAUCUACUCUCAGAACUCAAACUCAAACCACCAGAAUCAACUUUAGUCAAGUCUGCAGUGAAGGCUACGUUCAAAGCUCUCAACCAAGCACAAGCGGAACAGGGCCCCUUAGAACCGGUAACGGCUUCCGGUCUCGCUCAGAGAAGAAAACUUAAAAAACUCAGCUCAACUACCAUCUAAAUUCUACUUCCUACUAGUUGAUUGGGGCAGCUUAUUGUCACCAGUAUGUCAUAUUCCCAGAUAAUCCAACAUCACGGUGGUAUGUCAUAAAAUUGAUUGUAAAGUUACAGACGACUCUACGCACAACUGGAACAUGUUCUUAGCUGCGGAGUCAGCUACAUAGGGAUGUAUCAUUUACCAGAAAAAGGGUCACCAGGCGUGCAUAAAGGUCAUUUGUAAUUUACAAACAGCUUUAUGACAUGGUCCCCAGUAUGGCUAAAACAAAUGAUGCAAUUCUGGUCGAUGUGAUUCUUGGGUAAUUCAACAUUAUAUAUCAAAUCAUCAAUGUAUUUCCAGGUCAUCUGACAUCACUUUGGCCCAAACCAUCU